AUGUCGCCAGCCGAGUCUCAAGCCUACAACCUCCCGGCCAUCAUGAUCAAUGGCCAGGCGCUCCCCAGUGUGCCAGAAAAUGUCCACGCAAACCAGCCCAAGGUGAUGGAGCCCAUGGCUUGGAAGGAGAGAGAUCCAUUGACUGACUGGCUGGUGGCUUGGGCCCCCAUUCUUCGUACAGACCCUGAGCGUCCCCAUCCCAAGGACACCACAGAUCUGCGAGGCGGCGAACGAAGCGAGAUGUGCCCUGGUCGAUUCUGCUUCAUCAUCCCGUGCCCACUGCCCUGCGACUUUUGCAUCUGCUAG